AUGGAGAAUGCUGGAGACGAGGGUUCAGGAGGGCAUCGUGGAGCAAAUCCAGGCACGAAGGCGCAGAGACAGACAGACAGACAAGAAACAAUAACAAGACAAGACAAGACAGACAGAAAAGAACAAGACAAGACAAGACGAGACGAGACGAGACGAGAACAGAAGUGCUUCCUGGCUGGGGAUUUGCGCUGCUGCUGCUCUGGCGUCUUCCGACCAUACCUCAUCUGGACAAGCGUCGCCGCGAUGGACGAAUCAGCGAGUGUGGAGCAGCAGGGACGGGUCGAUGAAGCUUCCAUAGUGGCGACGAACGCGGCGGCUGAUUGGCCGUGUGGGAUCGAGUCAGGCUCCAAAAAUGGACAAGCUCAAGGUCCAGUAAUUACCGUACGACGUUUCGCACGGGUCACGCCGGGCAGCGAGCCAAUGGCGGGCACAGACGGGCGGCCAAUGCGAGCCGGCGAGUGGAGCAUAAGUUUCACAAUACAGGGCGUGACGGGGGAGAUUUUCGUGACACAUGGAACCGAGUGGCAGACUUGCCGUGGCCAGCCAUUUCCAUCAUUUCCAUCGUUCCAUUCGGCCUGGAGAAACUCGGGGGAAAAGUUGGUGGGGUUGAACCGAUGUCACGAUUGCCGGGCACGGCCGUCAGGCCACCACAGAGCCACGUAG